ACUCCGCCGGCGAUGGAAGUGCCGGAGUGCCCGGUGUGCCUCGAACGCUACGACAACCAAGUUUCCAUCCCUAGGGUCCUAUCUUGCGGUCACUCCGUCUGCGAAGCAUGCCUCGUGGAGCUUCCGCUGCGGUUCCCGAACACGAUUCGGUGCCCGGCGUGUACACAGCUCGUUAAGUACUCUUCAGAGCAAGGACCUUCGUCUCUUCCAAAGAACAUCGACCUUCUCAGGCUUUGCCUCUCUUCAUCAUCUUCUUCUUCUUCGCGAUCGGUGAAACCGACUCAACGGUCAACGAUCGACGGUUGUGAUGAUCGGUCUGUAAUUCGAGAUCGGUUCUGGUCCGACGAGUUCUAUGCCAAGUGGAAGGACUGGAUUCUCCCGCACGACGCAGUUUCGGUGGAGUCCCGACCUGAACCCGAAUCCGAACCCAGCGGGUUUGUGUUGCGAGGGCAAUUUGGUUCGAGUUCUUCGUUGAAGGGUAGGGUUAGUGUUUGUUCUCGAAAUAGCAAGUGUUUGAGCCUUGUUCCUGUUUUUUCUUUACCUCGUGUUUUGAAUUGUUCGAAGUUUAAGUUCAGUUAUGCUGCGAGGAUUAUGGAAUGUUUGGUGGGGAUGAAGGAGGCUGUGAGGGAGGAGUUAGCUUUGAUUCUAGAAGCUUCUGUGAGGCAGGGCAGGGUUUUUAGGGUUUAUGGGUUGUGGAGUGAAGUGGAGGUAGUGGAUGGGUCAUUGUACCUGGUGUGUGAGAGGCACAAUGGUGGUAGCAUUUUGCAGAAGUUUGGUGAAUUGAAGAAUGGGUUCCUUGGUUUGGGAUUGGAAGAUAAAAAAGAUGGGAUUUUAAGCUUUGCUGUGAUUGGGAAGAGUGUGUGUGAUUCUAUGCUGGCUUUGCAUUUGGAAGGUUUGGCUGCUGGUUGUUUAGGACCUUCGUGCUUUGCUUUCGAUGAGCUUGGUGGUGUUUGUGUUGAUUUGAAUGAGGUUUUGGUUAUGAGAAGGAAGACUGUGUAUAGUUUUUCUGGUGGCAACAAGGUUAGGCAGAAAGACGAGGGAUUGUUUAAGGGUUGUUUAAAAACUGAGCUUUUUUUAUGCCCUGAGGUUUUGUUUCGAUUACUGCAGAAGGAUGCUGCUGUUAAUCCGGAGGAUGAGCAUUCCAGAUAUCCGUUCGGGUAUGGCUCAGAUGUGUGGUCAUUGGCUUGUGUGCUGUUGUGGCUUCUCAUUGGAGAUGCACUCCCUCAGAUUCCCUUUGAAAUGAGUGAAGAGAAUGGCUUUGACUUAUCAGCUAGUUAUGUUUGUUGGGUGGAGAAAGUUAGUUCUGUUUUGGAAGACAAACUUGGCUCUGAAUAUCCGUCAUUGAGGGGGACACUUUGCAAAUGUUUGGACAUGAAUCCGGGAAACCGCAUGAGUGUGGUGGAUGUGCGGAAGUGCAUUCAGGAUAUGUUACUCAAACCUGAAUUCGAUUUUCUGGAAAACUUGGAGGUCAUGGUUAAUCGGAGCAGCACUGGUUGCUGCUUGGUUCUUGAUGAGUUGAAUGAAAAAGAAGACAAUGGGCCACCAGAUGUUGUUGAUGGGGAAGAGAAACCCGAUGCAGAUUUGGUUGCUAGCUUAUCUAAGGGAAUGGCUGAACUUAAAGAUCUGCGAGGACAUCUGGAUUGUAUCUCUGGAUUAGCAAUUGGCGGGGGAUAUCUGUUUAGCUCUUCGUUUGAUAAAACUGUCAAAGUAUGGUCGUUGCUGGACUUUUCUGUUUCACACACGUUUAAAGGUCAUGAGGAUAAAGUCAUGGCUAUAGUUUAUGUAGAUGAUAAAGAACCAUUGUGUGUAAGUGGUGAUAAUGGAGGGGGCAUAUUUGUCUGGGGACUUUCUGCUCCUCUCAGGCAAGACCCCUUAAGGAAAUGGUAUGAGCAGAAGGAUUGGCGCUUCAGUGGUAUCCAUUCGUUAACUGUUUCAGCAAGUCGUUGUCUCUACACCGGAAGUGGAGAUAGAACAAUAAAAGGUUGGUUGUUAAAGGAUGGAACUUUGAUGUGCACAAUGACUGGUCAUAGGUCUGUAGUUUCCACUCUUGUAGUGUGUGAUGAGGUUCUUUACAGUGGUAGUUGGGAUGGAACCAUUCGGUUGUGGAGUCUUAGCGAUCACAGCCCAUUGACAGUGCUAGGGGAAGGUAUGCCUGGAGAAAUGAAGUCUAUCCUAGCUAUUACUGUUGAUAGACAUUUGCUUGUUGCGGCGUAUGAGAACGGCUGCAUAAAGGUAUGGAGAAAUGAUGUGUUCAUGAGUUCCAAAUCAUUACAUAAUGGUGCCAUUUUUGCUAUGAGCAUGCAAGGGCAAUGCCUUUAUACAGGUGGCUGGGACAAAAAUAUAAAUAUACAGGAAUUAGCUGGAGAUGACGAAUUGGAAGUCAGAGCAUUCGGUACCAUUUCUUGCAGUUCUGUUGUAACGGCUAUUUUAAGCUGUCAAGGAAAACUUUUUGUUGGAUAUGCUGACAAGUCUAUCAAGGUUUAUCGUGGUAAAUGGUAAUAUAUCCACCACGUGCAUCUAUUCAAGUUGGAGAGCUCAAGUUUCAGCCGAAUAUCUUUUAUUUUCACAAAUGAUGCAUCAUCAAUGAUGUGAUGCUCAGGAUCUGAGUAAUUCUUGAACGCUGUUGUAUACUUACUGUACAGCUUAUAGGUUUGUACAUAAAUUUGAUUGGAAAUUAUUACCCUGCAAGUGUGGAGUUAUAUUACGAACAUGUGUGUCACGAACGCAAAGUGGAGAGUAUUGGUAAUUUUACUUUUUUAGUAUGUUAUCAUUUUUUGUGACCAAGUAGGCUACCAUGUAAUUUACAUGAUAUUAUCUUAGUUUCAAGAGGUUUUUCAAAGGAACAUGAUUUGAAAAACUACUAAAGUGUUGGGGUUUGAAUCCCGUUAUGUA